AUGUGUAGACAGUUGUCUCUCCAGACAGAAAUAGCUCUUGCAGUCACUUACUGAGAACUUGGCUGGCGGAGGCUUGAGCAGUGAGGAGACGCUGGAGACUGUCUUCCAGAGGACUGUGCUGAGCCUGCAAUUAAUUCCAGUGUGGUUGUCACUUUGAGGAGGUGAGCAGCAGGCUGGAGCAAGGAUGGAGCCACAGGAGCAGGAGAAGAAAGGGAGACUGACCCUGGUGCUCGCCUUGGCAACACUGAUAGCUGCCUUCGGCUCGUCCUUCCAGUAUGGGUACAACGUGUCUGCCGUCAACUCACCAUCAGAGCUCAUGCAGCAGUUUUACAAUGACACCUACUUUGAAAGAAGCGGGGAGCUCAUUAAUUCCUUCUCCUUGACGCUGCUGUGGUCAGUGACGGUGUCCAUGUUUCCCUUUGGAGGCUUUCUGGGUUCCCUCCUGGUUGGACCAUUGGUGAAUAAAUUUGGCAGAAAAGGGGCCUUGCUGUUCAACAACAUAUUCUCCAUCGUGCCCGCCAUCUUAAUGGGAUGCAGCAAAGUUGCCAAAUCAUUUGAGAUAAUAAUUGCUUCCAGACUUCUGGUGGGAAUAUGUGCUGGUGUGUCUUCUAACGUGGUGCCCAUGUACUUAGGGGAACUGGCCCCUAAAAACCUGCGGGGGGCUCUGGGGGUGGUGCCCCAGCUCUUCAUCACCGUCGGCAUCCUCGCGGCCCAGCUCCUUGGUCUUCGGAAUGCCUUGGCCAAUGAAGACGGCUGGCCAAUCCUCCUGGGCUUGACUGGAGUCCCUGCAGCCCUACAGCUCCUUUUCCUGCCCUUCUUCCCCGAGAGCCCCCGCUAUCUGCUGAUCCAGAAGAAAAAUGAAUCAGCUGCUGGCAAAGCCCUACAGAAACUUCGAGGUUGGAAAGACGUGAACUCAGAGAUGGCAGAGAUCCAGAGGGAGGAUGAGGCGGAGAAGGCUGCAGGCUCCAUCUCCGUGUGGAAACUGUUCAGGCUCAAGUCCCUUCGCUGGCAGCUCAUCUCCAUCAUCAUCCUCAUGGCCGGCCAGCAGCUGUCAGGAGUGAAUGCGAUCUACUACUAUGCAGACCAGAUCUACCUCAGCGCGGGUGUAAACAGCAAUGACGUCCAGUAUGUGACAGCUGGCACGGGGGCAGUCAAUGUGUUUAUGACCUUCUGCACUGUGUUUGUGGUAGAGCUUUGGGGGCGGAGACUUUUGCUUCUUCUUGGUUUCUCUACCUGCAUCAUAGCCUGCGGUGUGCUGACAGUUGCGCUGGCCCUGCAGGACACCAUCUCCUGGAUGCCUUACGUCAGUAUCGUAUGUGUCAUCAUCUACGUCAUAGGACAUGCCCUGGGGCCUAGUCCCAUCCCUGCCUUAAUCAUCACUGAGAUCUUCCUGCAGUCCUCCCGGCCAGCUGCCUACAUGGUCGGAGGCAGUGUCCACUGGCUGUCCAACUUCAUCGUGGGCCUCGUCUUCCCAUUCAUUCAAGUGGGCCUCGGCCCCUACAGCUUUAUUGUUUUCGCGGUCAUAUGCCUCCUCACCACCAUCUAUAUCUUCAUGGUCGUCCCGGAGACCAAGGGUAGAUCGUUCAUUGAGAUUAACCAGAUUUUCACCAAGAAGAAUAGAGUUUCGGAAGAGAUCCCAGAGAAGGAGGAACUGAAAGACCUUCCACCCACCACCUCUCAAUUCUAGCCAGUGUGGUGGGUCUGUGUGCACCUUUUCUCUGGACUUUGGUUCUGGCUUCUCAUUGUCUGUGACAUCGGAAGCAAGACAAGCCUGGUGGGAAACGAGCCCCAUCACCAGCCUCCAUCUGGUGGAGACUUCUGACUGGCUUCUGUGCCAUUCUGAACGCCUUGCUUUUUCUAACCAGAGUGGCCAGCUCUGAGUCACAUGAAUAGCCAGCCCUCGCCUCUGCUGGCUUCUCUGUGGUGGGCUCCUGUAACAUAGCUUUUCUAACAAAACAGUUACUAUGGGGUCAGGUGGAGGAAUCAGAUUUGCCAGCAAAACUGUCUCUUCUCUGUGGUUCCCAUGGGCCUCCUGGGCUAUGGGUAUUUACUUAGGACUGAAUUCAUCCCUGCUCUAUCUUGGAAAGCAACUAUCUUGGAAAAAUAUGGUGUCAGAAAUAAUGACAGAAAGCUGGGGAACAGACCUUAGGGAGACAUUUCACCAAGUCUUAAUUAUUCAUCUUAAAUCAUAGUGUUAGUGGAAACAUGGAAUUGCUUCUGUAGAGCCAAUAAAACAAAUCUGAUUGCUUUUCACU